AUGGCGCGGGGGCAAUACCGUCUUUCUCUCCUCCUGGCUUCGCUCCUCCUCGUCGCAGUAGCCUCCGAUGCUCUUCUCGGCGGCUGGAGCCCGAUCGAGGACGUGAAGAACCCUCACGUGCAAGAGAUCGGGAAGUUCGCGGUGGAGGCGCACAACAAGUUGACCGCGACGAAGCUGAAGUUCCAGAGCGUGAUAAAGGGCCAGACUCAGGUCGUCGCCGGCACCAACUACCGGCUAACGGUGAUGGCCAAGAACGGCGCCGCAUCGAAGAAGUACGAGGCGGUUGUUUGGGAGAAGCUGGAUGGCACCAAGCAGCUCACUUCCUUUCAACCCGUCUGA